CUUUCAGUAGUACUAAACAACCAUUCACACUCCAAACAAAAAUUUCCAUUUUAUUUGUAAUGGAAUCGGCUUCAACUUCAUCGGUUGAAAAGAGUUACAUAUAUGACGUUUUUGUAAGUUUCAGGGGCAAAGAUUUACGUACCAGUUUUGUUGAUCAUCUUUUCGAAGCUUUUCGGAGACAUGGCAUUAUUGUUUUCAAAGAUGAUAAACACAUCGAGGUUGGACAAAGGAUCAGCGACGAGCUCCCAAAAGCCAUUAAAGAUUCCAAGUUUCACAUUGUUAUUUUCUCCCAGAAGUAUGCAGAUUCUUACUGGUGCUUAAACGAGCUCAUAGAGAUCCUCGAGUGCCAAAACCCGGAGAAGGAGCGAACUCUUUUCCCAAUAUUUUAUCAUGUGAAACCCAGCGACGUCCGCGAUGUAAAGGGGCCAGUUGGAGAGGCGUUUUCAGUGCACUCAGCGAACGAGACUGCUGGGAGAUGGAGGGCUGCUAUGGAAAAAGCAGCGACUCUGGAAGGGUGGGAGUUGACCAAGAACGGUGACGGGCAUGAAGUUCCAUUCAUCCAAAAAAUUGUUCACGCCAUUUCACAAAAGCCAUACUUCGCCAAGUUUGGUAUUAAUGAUAACUUGGUGGGCAUGGCGACCCAAGUAGAGAAAUUACUUUUAAGUUUACAAGUUGGCUCUGAUGACUUUCGGGUGAUAGGAAUCACCGGUCUGGGUGGUAUGGGCAAGACGACUUUGGCAAGUGUAGUUUUUCACCGGAUAGCCAAUCAGUUUGAUGGUAAAAGCUUUGUUGAGAAUGUUCGAGAACGCUCAAAAGAUCCUAAGGGUUUGCAGGAUAUGCAACAACAGGUCCUUACUUCUGUGUUUGACGAUCCAAAGAUUAAGGUGUCUAGUGAUGUUGAGGGGCGUAUUAUGAUGAAAAGGAGGUUGCCUAAUAUAAAAGUUCUUGUAGUUCUAGAUGAUGUGAAUCAUGGAAAUCAACUUGAGGCGUUAGCAGAACCAAGUUGGUUUAGGACAGGAAGUAGAAUCAUCAUUACAUCAAGAGAUAGGCAAGUGUUGGUAGCCCAUGGAGUUGAGAGUCACAAUAUUCAUGAUGUUAGUACUAUAUCGGAUGAAGAUGCAAUUCGUCUCCUUAGUAGGUAUGCUUUUAAAACAGAGAGUCCAGCUCAGGGUUAUGAAAAGUUAUCUAAAGAGGUUUUACGCUAUGCUGCUGGUCUUCCUUUAACCAUCAAAACUUUAAGUUCGUCUCUGUAUGCUUGUUCUACAGUUGUGUGGGAAGAUGCCAUCAAAAGACUAGAAACAAUUCCAUGGGAUGAUACCUUGAAAAUAUUGGAAAUAAGCUAUGAUGCUCUACAGAAGGAUCACAAAGACAUAUUCCUAUAUGUUGCUUGCCUCUUAAAGGGCCAAAGGAAGAAGAGAGCAACCAGAAUUCUAGAAAGUUUAGGAUUUCAUGCUAAAAGUGGUUUAGGAGUUCUCGAGCAGAAAUCCUUAAUUACUUUCUGUGAUAGUCAUUAUGCUGCUGCUGAUGUUUAUUAUUACGAUGAGAAAUAUGAUGCUUAUGAUGAAGAUGAUGAUGAUGAUGAUAAAAGGUUGUUGGACAUGCAUGAUCAUGUGGAAGAAAUGGGGAUGCAUAUUGUGCGUAGCAUGUAUCCUGAUGAGCCGGGGCGCCAUAAGCUACUAUGGAUUAAUCAUGAAAUUAAAACCAUAGUAGAAAAAGACAUGGGUACCGAAGCAAUAAGAGGUAUAAAACUGAAGCAAACGGAUCUCCAUCCAGCUAAACUUUCACAAAGUCUUAGAAAGAUGAGAAGACUAUGUUUUCUUCACGUAGGGGGGCCAUGUUUUCCUCAGAUAGGGGAGCCAUCUGACAUAGAUGAAUUUUUCCUUCCAAGUAGUUUACAAUAUCUAUAUUUGUUUGAAUACCCUUAUAGGUAUUUACCUAAAACAUUUCAAGCAGAUAGGCUUGUUGUGAUGAAAAUGCCCCGGAGCCAUAUGCAUCAACUCUGGAAAGAGGGAGAAAAAAAGGUUCUUCCCAAACUCAAGCUCCUUGACCUUCGUUAUUCUGAAGUACUAGAAACAUUUGACUCUGCUGGGAUGCUUCCAAAUCUUGAAGAAUUAGUUCUUUUUGGAUGUGAAAAGUUGGUAGAAGUCAACAUUUGUGAUAAAUGUUCGCGGCUCAAGAAGCUAGACCUAUCCCAUUGUACAGCCUUAGAAAAACUCACCAUUUCCAACGAAUGUCCAUCACCUCUGAAGUCCCUCAACCUUUACAAUACUAAGUUACGUAGCUUGAACCUUGGUCUGACCCCUAAUCUGGAGGUGUUGUCAGUUAGAGUUUGUAAAGACUUGGAAGAACUCGUCAUGCCUGAUGAAUGUCGAAUGCUCACUAAAGUCUUCCUCCUUGAUAUCGAUAAGUUACGUAGCUUGAACCUUGGGAUGGCCCCUUAUCUGGAGGUGUUAUCAGUUCAAUUCUGUAUAGAGUUGGAGGAACUCGUCAUGCCUGUUGAAUUUCGAAUGCUCACUAAACUCACCCUUGAACGUAUCGAUAAGUUACGCUUCAACCUUGGGCUGGCCCCUAAUCUGGAGGCGUUAAGACUUUCUGAUUGUCAAGAAAUCUAUAUGCCUGAUGAACUUCCAAAGCUUAGAGUCCUCUCCAUCAUCGAUGAUGAUGAUUAUGAUGAUGAACUUUCAUAUGUACUGGAGAAGUUUAAGAGUAGUACUCUGGAGGAGUUGCAUGUGAAGUUUGAAAAUAUGAAGCGUCUUCCGGUAGAUGAUAGCAUUUAUAUGUUGAAGCAUCAUCUCAGAGUACUUGACCUUGGUUGGUGUGAGAACCUAGAGCAGUUACCCGAGGAUCUGGAUAGAUUGGAGUGUUUAGAGGAGUUAACCCUAAUGGGUUGUGAAUCCUUACGGAGUAUUCCUGACUGCAUCUGUAACAUGACUCGUUUGAAAACAUUGGAUCUCUCAUAUUGCUAUAAGCUUAAGAAACUGCCUGAUGAGUUUCGACGUUUACAAAGUUUGAAAGAGUUGGACGUCUGGUGGAUAGCUGAUAGGUUAAAGAACCUUCCAGAGAGUAUUUCCCAAUUGAAACAUCUUGUGGUUUCAAGGGAAAUAGCUGGAAGCUAGGUUAGAGAAUCUUCCUAAUUAACAUUCAUGGUUAAAGAAUCUUCCAGAGAGCAUUUCCCAAUUGAAAAAUCUUAAGGUUAUAAAGGACUGGAAUGUAGAAUCUUCCAUAUAGUUACGUUUCCCAAUUGUCGUUUACUACAGGUUAUAAAGAAAUAGCUAGAAGGUUAUAGAAACUUCAUUUUUGUGUCUCUUUUGACUCCCAUCGAUCCUAGUAUGUAUCAUGUAUGUAUUUUAUUGUUUUCAGUUA